AUGGAACCAGAGGGCGUAUGGGAAGAUUCCCCUGAAGCUCUUGCCUACUACCGCAACAUCUAUGAUGAAAACCUUGCAAUUGCAGCGAAUGAUCCUCGAUGCCGCAAUGAUAUUUUACGCAGAAUUUUGCUCGAAAUAUGGAUUGCCGCGGGGAAAGACGAACAAUCAGAGUUUAUAGACAUAGCCGAGAUGUUUGCCCAAAACUAA